AGAGAGAGAGAGAGAGAGAGAGAGAGAGAGAGAGAGAGAGAGAGAGAGAGAGAGAGAAAUCGAAGACGAUGCUGCUUUUACCAUACCUCGUCAUUUUUGCUACCAUGGGCCAAAAGGUCCUGACUGAAACCGAAGACAAUUACGACGAGAUCGAGGCUACCUGGGACCCCAGCGGGUACCAGUUCGACUGCACCGGGAAUACCGGGGAGUGCCGCCCUCCCGACGAGUGUCAGGAAGACUUCCGGGACAAGUGCCCCGCCCAGGGCAGUUCCUGCUGCCCUGUACCCCGCAGUAAUUUCACGGAGAUUAUACCCCUGGGGACUGCGUCAAACUGCAGGUACCGAAAGUGCUACACGUACUACGGCGGGUGGUGGGCGGUGCAGUGCCGCCCUGGCGCCAGAACCCUCUUCUACUGCGAUCGCAGGGGCGUCUACUGCUGCGGCUACGCCUGCAGGAAGAGGCCCAUAUGCCAGCGCCUCGGGGGGGAGUGCGUCACUGGGUCCAGCCGCUGCAGGGGCACCGUUAUCCAACCCGGAUGUCAGGGAAGCAGUGUUACUGCUGUAUACCAGCGGCAGAACCGGUUCCUACGUGUCCUAUGAAUGGGAAUACUGAAGAAAGUUGUACCGGACACAAAUCGUGCCAAGAACUUUACGAUGCUGGUGUGGUCUUCAGUGGCAUAUAUACCAUCUGUCCGA